AUGGAUCUAAACUACAAUAUCUAUGGAAAGCGCAGAAAGAUGACAAGCUUUGGUCCACAGGGUAAUUUGUGGCAGGAAAGGGAGGGCGAUGAGAGAAAUGGAUUCAUAUUAAUCAUACUGUUUUUAAGUUCGGUUCUAUUAUCUACUGAUGCAGCAACCCCUGAAUUGGUUGAUAAGGUUUGCAGCAAAUAUUUUGCAGAUACAUACAGCUUUUGUGUGAAGGCACUGGUAAGAGAUCCUCGUUCUUCAACCGGAGAUUUGAAAGUGUUAGCUUCAAUUUCAGUUCAAGGGACGCUAACAAGUGCUACAAACACACAGAGAUAUAUCGACCAAUUAUUACGCAAGAGAACACAACCAGAGAGGGAAUAUUUGAUUCGGUGUAAACACAAUUACAGCGUCACUAUUUCGUUGCUUGAGGACUCCCUCAAAACUUUGAGUUCUUCUAAUUUGAGGCCAACCACGUUGGCUGUUCGUGCCAAUGUUGAUGAAUGUGAGACGGCAUUCCCAUCCCAUCCAUCAACACUAUCUUCGAGCAAUCAAAUGGUGAUCAAGCUUAAUGAUAUCUCUAUUGUAAUCAAUGUCAAUGAUCAACUCCCAUAA